AUUUUUGUAGUAACGUAAUCUACCCAUUUUUCUCCCCCAAAAGUCAGAGAUCUGGGUAUCUCUCUUCUCUCUCUGCGCGGUCUUGUCUAAAGGGGGUCCUAAAAAUCUCCGCCUUGGUUUUCUUGCCAAUUCCUUACCAGGUUCAAGAUUCUUUAAGAACCAUUUCUUGUAGAAUAUACUGAAAAUCAUGAGUUUGGAGGUCUCUGAAUCUAACUUGGCCGUUUCCGUGGUAACUGGAAAUGAAGAGAAGAUUUCUGUGGAAAAUGAUGACAAGAUGAACAUAAAAUUUGGGUCACAUACUAUGGAUGAGCCGGCCAAAGAAGAUGGAAAAAAAGUUUUGGAGGCCAACCUCCCGAACAACGCAGCUGAUGAGUGGCCUGAACCGAGUCAGAUCCACUCAUACUAUAUUGUUAAGUAUCGGUCUUUUGAAGACCAGAAUCUGAGGGGCAAACUGGAACUGACGGAGAAAGAGUUACAGAAAAAGAAUCAAGCUCGAUUCCAGAUCACUGAAAAAUUAAGGGAGAAACGGGCAGUUCGGGCCCAGGUAAUUUCCGAGUUAAGGUCUCUAAGUGUCGAGAACAAACAGUUUAGGUCAAUCAUGGAUGAGAAGAGAAGAGAAAUGGAACCUCUGCAGCAGGCUCUUGGCAAGUUGCGAGGUGCUCCUAAUGGAGGCAGAGAGAGGGGUUCGGUAAUAUGUUCUUCUGAGGAAGAACUCAACGAUGUUAUCAAAAGUUUACAAUAUCGCAUUCAGCAUGAAAGCAUUCCUCUCAGUGAAGAGAAGCAAAUCCUCAGGGAAAUUAAACAACUUGAAGGGACAAGGGACAAGGUCAUUGCAAAUUCUGCUGAGAGGGCAAGGAUCCAAGAUGCAUUGGGUGAAAAAGAAGUGAUUCAGGACCAAGUCAAACUUAUAGGUGUUGAUCUUGAUGGAGUUCGAAAGGAAAAGCAAGUGGUCAGUGUCAAGCUUAAGCAGCUUGAUGAAGAAAAAGCAUCUAUAGACAAAGACAUAAAUGUUUUACAGGAGGAGUUGACCGCAAUUACAGAGAAGAGAGACAAAACUUUUGAAACCAUUCAGGAAAUGAGGAAACAGCGUGAACAGGCGAAUGCCCACUACUACCAAAACCGUACACUACUGAUCAAAGCCAAAGAACUUGCAGCAAAGAAGGACGUUGAAGCCCUCAACGACCUCUCACAUACAGAGGUCGAAAAAUUCAUUUCCCUCUGCAGUAGUAAUAAGGCAUUCAGGGAUGACUACAAGAGGAGAGUGUUGCCAUCACUCGACGCGAGGCAAUUGAGUUCCGAUGGUCGGAUGAGGAAUCCGGACGAGAAGCCACUUAUGGCAGUCGAGGCACCGACUCCAUUCGAGACUCAGAUGAUUGUGAAAUCAAACGUGAAACAACCUGCUAAGGAGGAUUCCUUUCCUGUGGCACAACAUGAUACUUCUGUGCAAAAAGAUCAAACAGAAAAGAAUGCUCGAAAUAAGAAAGAAGCAAAUAAGAAAACCGAAAGCAUCGUGGACAAGAUUGAACUUGAAGACAGAGAUGUCUCUGGAAUACAUAAAUCGCAGAAGGAUGAUCCUUCUGAAGUUGAUGAGAUGAAAUUGAAGGAGAUGAAGCGAGAGGAAGAGAUUGCCAAGGCUAAGCAGGCAAUGGAAAGAAAGAAGAAAUUAGCAGAGAAAGCUGCUGCCAGAUCAGCAAUAAAAGCUCAGAAGGAAGCCGAGAAGAAGCUUAAGGACCGCGAAAAAAGAGAGAGAAAGAAGGCUGGGGCUGUUGUCUCUCAGGAUUCUGAGGAACCAACUGAAGCAGUUGCAGAAGUUGAUGAGCCAGAGAAGACGGAGGAAAAGGUUGUAAUCCCGGUCCUGCCAAAGAGCAAGGGAUGGAAAGAAAAUACCCCUAGGCAUAGAGCACGCCCGAGAGGUCCAGAUUCACUUCCAAAGGUUAUACUGAAACGCAAGAAGACAACUAACUAUUGGCUAUGGGCCGUCCCUGCUGUUUUGGUGGUUCUUGUAGUUCUUGCAUUUAGUUACAUCUAUCUUAGCCAUGAUAGUAGAGUAGAGUAAGGUGAUGGUGGAUGAACCUUCUGUUUUGACUUAAGACCCCGAUACUGGACUUACAUUAGUAAGCUUAAAUUCUGUUUUUUGUGUCCUAUAAAGAGAAGAAGACUAGAAAACUCGUAAUGUUGAUCGAACAGGUUGUUGGCUGCAGAGCAACCGGGUUUUUCAGGGACUUAUAUAUUGUGAAAUUUUGACUCUUGAGAAACGUUAUUGAAUUCUUUGUUUCUUCCCAAA